AUGUCUGAAGAGGCCGAAGAUUGGAAGAUAUCAUUCACAGCUGAAUGGAACAAGAGGAAGUCAUCAAGGUUGCCAUCAAAUGCAGUCUUUCCUUUGGCUGAGAACCCUUUCGGCUCUGCAGAAAUUCUUGCCAUGGCGGAGGUUUUACUAUCUGGGAAGUUAACAAUGGGAGAAAACGUCUCUGAAGCUGAAGAAUUGUUUGCUCGAACAGUUUCUGUACCAUAUGCUUGCAUGGUCAACAGUGGGAGUUCUGCAAAUCUCCUUGCAUUAGCAUGCUUAAAACAUCGCUUCAUGGAAGCAAAUCAAAACUGGGAAAUUUUGAUACCAGCUGUAUGUUGGUCAACGAGUCUUUUCCCCAUUGUUCAGCAGGGAUUUACUCCAAGGUUUGUUGACGUUGAUCCCAGGACGAUGAAUAUGUCCCUUCAAAGCUUGCAAAACGCGAUGAACCCAAAUGUCAAGGCAAUCAUGGCCGUGCAUGUUCUUGGUAACUCGAUUUGCAUGCAAGACUUGAUGAAUUUUGUUAAACAACAUGAUUUGGUUUUGAUUGAAGAUACUUGUGAAUCUCUUGGAUCUUACUGCUGUGUUGAUGGUGAGAAAUGCAUGCUUGGUACAUUAGGAUCGUUCGGGACAUUCUCGUUUUACUUUUCCCAUCACAUAACUUCAGGUGAAGGAGGAAUGUUGGUUUGUCAAAAUGAAGCAGAUUACAAUCUUGCGGUCUGUCUCAGAGCACAUGGUUGGUCAAGACAACUCAGCAACAAAGAAGCUAUUGAGAAACUAUACCCUGAUAUCGACCCUCGCUUCCUUUUUCUGAACGCAGGGUACAAUCUAAGACCAAUGGAAGUACAAGGAGCAAUGUUAAAGGUUCAACUGGCAAGGCUAAGUGAAUUCAAUGAAUGCCGGCGAAACAACUUUCGCCGUAUCUCAGAAGCUAUCAAUAGCAGCCCAGGACUUCGAGGCAAAAUCCAGUUGAUGGAAGCUUCAGAUGGAACUGAUCCUGCAUGGUUCGGUCUUGCCUGUUUGUUGUGUCCCACGUACACUCAUCAGCUCAAAGACUUUCUUGCAUAUUUGAUUGAAAUGGGUGUUGAAAACAGACCAAUCAUAAGCGGCAAUUUUCUUCGACAACCCUUUGUCAAGCAGAACUUAUCUCCGCUGAAUCCGUCUGAUUUUCCGGGUGCUGAGGUCGUGCAUUCAGCAGGAUUCUUUAUUGGAAUUCACCAGAUCCCGAUUCCUGACGAAAGAAUUACUGAGUUGAUUCGGACAUUUCAAUCAUUCAGCUUCCGUGAAUUGUGA